AUGCAGUCUACGCAAAAGGGCCCCAAGGCUUGCACGACGUGUGCCAAGGCCAAGGCCAGAUGUAUCCCUCGAGCGGGUGGUGGGGACAAGUGUGAGAGAUGCCAUAGGCUCAAGAAGGACUGCUUCUCCCGAGCACCGGCUCCUCCAAGGCUCAAGAAGCGACCCAAGAGGUCAAGGGUGGCUGAGCUCGAGAAGAGAUUGAACGAGCUGUCUUCGCAGUUUGAGGGGGCCCAGCCCGCUGCCGCGGGCGCCAGCAAGCCCGCCUCGCCGCCUCCGAGAGCCUCCAGGGCCCCCGAAAAGUCCGAGCUGUACUCCUUCGAGCAUCUGUUCCCUUCGCCCAGCCCGACCGGAGACGAGGGUGCCGAAGCCUCGGCAUGGAGCCCCGAGGCGCUCAAGGAGCUCGACUCGCCUUGGCCGCUGCCCACGGAGAGCGAGAUGCUUCUCAUGAUCUACCGCGAGAUGUUCUCCGCAUUCUUUCCUUUUGUCCUCAUCCCGAGGGAGCUGUCGUCUGCCGAACUGCGAUACCAGCGCCCGUUUCUGUGGAAAGCCGUGAUGCUGAGCGCCUGCCUCUUCGAGUCGACAAGGCAGUGCAGGCUGGGAGAGGAACUCUUGGCAGACAUUGGGAAGGCUGCCACCGUGGACGGAACCAGGAGCCUCGACCUUCUCCAGGCUGUGGAGCUCAUGGUUGCGUGGUGGUAUUUCGCUUUGAAAAGCUCUCAAGUCACGAACCUCCUCUUCCUAGCGAGAUCCAUGUGCGUCAGUUUGAGUGCCAUGUCUUACGGCUCUCUGGGAGAGGAUGCCAAGUACGGGCCGCUCGACCACCUCAGGGCCUACGCCGGCACAUACUACCUCAACACAAUCGUGUUUACCACAAAUAAAAAGACGGAUGUAUUCAUGAGUACGACGCAACUCGACUCCUGCAUCAAAGUCAUUGAGACGACCAUGGAAUAUCCUUCCGACGACUAUCUCAUCAAACUCGUCAAGAUUCAGCGACUUGCGCAAACCAUCUCCACGACGAUGGCUGCUGAUAGCAAGACUCCCAUGUCACUGCCCCUAGUCAUGGUCGUAGAGUCCUUCCAGGACCAGCUAGACACCUUCAGAGCAUCGCUGCCCCCUCACCUCUCGGAAAACCCAACACUGCUGUGCCACGUAUUUGUCGCCGAAACACUGCUCAGAGAUUUCGCCAUUUCGGAUCAACGAUGCAGCCCGGAAAACAUGCAGGUAUCGGAUCGUCUGCAGCUUCUGUGGUCCUGCAUCAAGUCGCUCAACGAGGUUUUCACCGUCCGGUUUGCCGCGCCCGAAAUCGAGAAGCCCCGCUUCCUCUGCAUAAUAGCCUCCGACCUCGCCUACACCAUCAUCACCGGCAUCAAGCUGCUGACGCUGCGGCUGCCUGGCUGGGACUUGAACACCGUCACUCAAAAACUCGACUUGGUCACGGUGCUCGGCAAGGUGAUUGAUCAGAUGCUCAAGGUUAUUACUAAACGGAAGAGCGGCCUCCUUUCUCCGGACCGGUGCGAUAUCGAGGAUCCCCUGGAGCGGCUGGUACGCCUGAUGAAGACUGCGCGGGAGCUGGUCUCCAUGCACACGAGCUGCGCUUCACCGCUGACCAUGUUGGACAACAUGAGCAAUGUCGCCUGGCGAGAAUUCAUGGGCGACGUGGCAUGGGGGGUGGACGAAGCUCACGGCAUGCUCGGCCUCGCAACCCAGUCGUGA